GGUGAUUUUUGGAGGAGUAAGUUCUCCCGCCAUUGAAAUGCGACCGCAACGGAACAUUUUUAAAACCUCUCUCUCUCACUCACUCUCUUCCACCCACCGUGCUCAAUCUUCCACUUUCUCUUCGCUUCGUAUUCAUCCAUUCAUAUUCAUAUUAUAAUUGUAAUUAAAUUAAAUACUUAGGUUUUCGCUUUCUAUUUCAUUUCCAUUCUCAAAUCUCAAUCGCUUCCCCUUUUCUCAUUUUCUAGGGUUUCUUCAAAUUUCCAUUAACCCCUUUUCCCCGAAUGCUUCAUUGCAAAUCCCUACUCAAAUCAUGCAACAACAACGUCAAUCCAAUUCAGCCCAUGCUCCUCAGCACAAUUGGUUGCAGCAUGCUAAUUCUCACAAGAAUUUCUCCUGCCAGGCCAAAUUUUUGAGCUCCAAUUUCCUCUUUUCUGACCCAACUAAGAAACCAAUCGAUGCCGCUGCUGGUAACAUCAGGUUUGUAGUUCAACGAGGUCAAAAUAUUCAAAGAGCACAUGUUGAGAAGGCUUGGCUUGCUCUUUCAAGUCUAAAGAUAUCUAGUAGGAAUUAUGUCCAACCUGGAAAAUAUGUUAAAGUUACUUCUCAGUUUCAACAAGACAGGACGACAACUUCCUUCCAAGGAAGCUAUGAGAAUGUCAAUCUUAACCGGGCUGAUGUCACCGCAACUCCAACCGUCAUCAAUCAUACUUCUCGGGUUAUAGAUAGUUCAGUGAAUUAUCACACAAAGUACACAAGCCCACCCAACGAGUCUACAAAAUGUGUAGCUGAUAAUAUUAUUAAUGUCGAUGACGACGACAUACUCGAGAACAUUGAUGUUGACCAAAUUGUUGAGAAAUACCAGUCCACUUGCACUCCUCAACCGCCGGUGUCCAAAUUUCCUCCUGUUACACCAUUUGCAGAUAAGGUUAAUUUUGCUGGGCAGGGGGAUACUUUUUUGCCACCAGAGCUGUGCUUGGAUUGCAUCCACGGCUACAAGUUAGGGCUAUGCCCUGAAGCAGCAAGUCAUUUGCAGGAAUUUAAGGAUAAUCUUAUUGCUAUCUCUAACGAACUGAUUGACAAUGUUGAAAAUCUCAGUUCUGUGCAGAUAGCAAAGCUUCGUGAAGACAGGUCACAGCUGAAUAAGCAAAUUCAACAACUUGAAAAAUAUAUUCAUUCCAGUAAUCUUGAAGAAGAAAGACAAAAGUCACAUUUUGCCACAUCCAUGGCACCACCUACAUCUUUUGUUUAUGAAACACCCCAGCGAAAUGUCAUCAGUAGUGGACCAAAUAGAUAUGACGGCCAGGCUUAUAUGGGUAAUGGUACAUAUGAGCCAUCAUACCAGUCUUCGUAUGUCAUGCCAUCAGGUCCGGUGGAGAGAGAACCAUUCAUUCCAAAGAUUAUUGAAGUUAAUUACAUUGAAGGUUCUGGAGAUAAACGGUGGAGCAGCCGGGACUUUUCUUGGACUAAAGAGUUAGAGGUUAAUAAUAAGAGAGUAUUUGGAAAUCACUCAUUUCGCCCCAACCAAAGAGAGGUAAUUAAUGCCACAAUGAGUGGAUGUGAUGUUUUUGUUUUGAUGCCCACUGGUGGAGGAAAAAGUCUGACCUAUCAGCUACCAGCUCUCAUUAAUCCUGGUAUAACAUUAGUAAUUUCUCCCCUUGUGUCCCUUAUUCAAGAUCAAAUAAUGCACCUAUUACAGGCAAAUAUACCUGCUGCUUACUUAAGUGCCAAUAUGGAAUGGGCUGAACAGCAGGAUAUCCUUAGAGAACUUAAUUCUGAUUAUUGUAAAUACAAGUUGUUAUAUGUGACACCCGAAAAGGUUGCCAGAAGUGACGUUCUUCUGCGACACUUGGAGAGUUUACACGUUCGUGAGUUGCUUUCAAGGAUUGUAAUUGAUGAGGCUCACUGUGUGAGCCAAUGGGGGCAUGAUUUUAGACCAGAUUAUCAGGGACUUGGUGUAUUGAAACAGAAAUUCCCAAAUACUCCCGUUUUAGCUUUAACAGCUACAGCAACAGCUAGUGUAAAAGAAGAUGUUGUGCAAGCACUCGGUCUUGUUAACUGCGUUGUUUUUCGGCAAAGUUUUAAUCGCCCAAAUUUACGGUAUUCCGUUGUCCCCAAGACCAAAAAGUGUUUGGAGGAUAUUGAUAAAUUUAUCAGGGAAAAUCAUUUUGAUGAAUGUGGCAUCAUCUAUUGUCUUUCACGAAUGGACUGUGAAAAGGUUGCUGAAAAAUUACAGGAAUGCGGGCAUAAAUGUGCAUUUUAUCAUGGGAGCAUGGAUCCUGAUCAACGUGCUUUUGUUCAAAGGCAAUGGAGCAAAGAUGAGAUCAAUAUAAUUUGUGCUACCGUGGCAUUUGGAAUGGGUAUUAACAAACCUGAUGUUCGUUUUGUAAUCCAUCAUUCCCUCCCAAAAUCUAUUGAAGGCUAUCAUCAGGAAUGCGGACGAGCUGGUAGAGAUGGUCAGAGUUCCUCCUGUGUAUUGUAUUAUAGCUACAGUGAUUAUAUCCGAGUUAAGCAUAUGUUAAGCCUAGGAGCAAUAGAGCAAAGCCCCAUGCCAUCUGGAUACAGUCGUUCAAAUGCGAUAAAUUCAGGAAGGAUACUAGAAACAAACACUGAAAACCUUUUGCGCAUGGUCAGUUAUUGUGAAAAUGAUGUGGAUUGUCGGCGCCAUAUUCAGCUCGUUCAUUUUGGGGAGAAGUUUGAUUCUUCAACCUGUCAGAAAACAUGUGAUAAUUGUGUGAAGGUCACAAGUUUCGUUGAGAAGGAUGUCACCGAAAGUGCAAAACAAUUGGUUGAACUCGUUAAGCUAACAGGACAGAAGGUCUCAGCAUCUCAUAUAUUAGAGGUGUAUCGUGGUUCCUUAAGCCAGAUGGUCAAGAAACACCGACAUGAGACUGUGCGUCUUCAUGGUGCUGGGAAGCAUCUAGCCAAGGGUGAGGCUUCCCGUAUAUUGCACCAUCUUGUCGUUGAGGAUUUUCUUGCUGAGGAGGUAAAGAAAAGUGAUUUUUAUGGAUCAGUAUCAUCAGUAUUGAAGGUAAAUGAGACGAAGGUCCAUAAUACGUUGUUUGGUGGCCAAAGAAUUAUAUUGAGAUUCCCGUCUUCUGUGAAAGCAUCAAAGCCUGGGAAAUGUGAUAUAACUCCAGCCAAAGGUUCUCUGACUUCUGGGAAGCUGAAUCUUCCCAUUGACAUUCCUGACCAACCUCAAACUGAAGUAGACGUGAAUCUAGCAGCUAAUUUGUACACUGCUCUGAGGAUGUUGCGGACAGCUCUUUGUAGAGAAGCUGGAGAGGGUGUUAUGGCUUACCACAUAUUUGGCAAUGCUACGUUGCAGCAGAUAAGCAAGAGACUACCAAGAACAAAGGAAGAACUUCUUGAUAUCAAUGGCAUUAGCAAGACUAAAGUAAGCAAGUAUGGGGAUCGGUUACUGGAAACCAUUGAGAAAACCAUAAACGAAUAUUACAAUACGGAUAAAAACAGCAGCGGCAGCAAAGGCAGUGCUGAUUCAAUGAAAAGAAGACGAGAGACAAAUAGAGAUCCAGAUUCAAAUGCUAAGGAUGAUGAUGAUGAUUCCUUAAUCAAAAGUACCGGUCGCUCCAAGAAAAGGACGGUAAGGAGACAAACUAAAAAGGCUGAAAUAUAUGAUUCAGAAGAGGAAGAUUAUUACCAUGGAUGCCUUGAUGAGGACCUAGACUGUAUCAAUAUUGACGAUGAGACAAUAGAUAAAAUAACUGGUACAGAUGCUGCAGGAAGAGUACUACCUCAAUGGACAGCAUCUUGAUAUGGUGUAUAUUGAUUAUCUUAUUAUUGUAUAUGUCCCUUCAGGAUAUGAAUGUUGUUAUUGAGUUUUUCUUGGAUCAACCUCUUCCAUUACAUUAACUUUGUUGGAACAGAGUUUUGUUCCAACAGAGCAUUGCAGUGGAAGAUACACAGUACAAGCGGAUCAAUGAGAAAAAAUGUGGAUAACUUGAUGGCGAUGUAAUAAUAGUACAAAAGAAAAAAAUUCUUUCUAUUUUAUUUAUUCCUGGCAUCAGUGUAAUUGAAUGAUGUUGGUGAAAAAGUAGUCUUGAUAAA